AUGCUUGGAAAUGGCCAAUUGACAUAUGUGAGAGACUCUAUGUACCAAGCGACUGUGGCUAUAUGUGAUUACUUACUUACAAUCUCACCAAGUGUGGUGGUGCUCAAUGUCACCGAAAAAUACGUGACAGUACAAGUAUAUAACGUUAACAGACCCGUCGAGUAUAUUGAAAUGAGUCAACACAUUUACACCAAAAGAGACGAUGACACUUUUAUUAUAGAUCGGCCUUUGAAUCCAACUGACUUUAAACUGGUGUCUUUAGACUCCGAAAAAGUUGGGAUGCCGACAGUCUACGAACGAGUUGGAUAUACAGCAACUGCUACAACUUCUUUUCCACAAUAUAUAAUGAGCGAUUGUAAAUUUAUAGCAUCGAAUGUUUUAUAUUCAGAAAAUAAAGACAAUUGGAAGCAAAAACUAAUUGCAUGGCAUCUAUACAAAGUGUAUGCCAAUUUUUCUGCUGAAACGGUUGAUUUAUCAAAUCCGGUAAUAUCCACCAACAAUUAUGAAGGCGAUGUCAUGUUAUCCUUUAUAUACACUUCUGCAUUUUUUAUGUCACAAGAAUUCACACAACUCAGAUGUGAAUUCCAAGCGAACUUCAAAAUAGAAUUAGUCAAUGUCAAAUUAUUUCUUAUAGAAGAUAAGGAAACGACAACCGAAGAUGAUGGCAUUAUUACUAUCAAAGAUAACCUCACAUAUCAAUACAAUCAAGUUGACGACACUGUUACUCUAUCAAUUGCGAUGGACAAGACAUGCAAGGAGUUUUCUAAUGGAAUUACAAUUCAAUAUAAAAGUGUGCCUGGAGGUGUUUUAAGAAUAAAAGAAGCCAUCUUUGAUCCUAUUCAAGAAAUACAACAAUUACUUCAAUGCAAUCAAAGUUCGUUCGAUUGUUCUGAUACAGAGUGCACGGUAGAUGAAACAGCAUUGGAUGUUGGAAUGAGCAAAUGGAAAGUUGGGUGUGAACCAGUUUGUGGGCGGUGUCGAGACGGGUUUGUUUGCACUACAAUGGGAAAAUGUAUUACAGAAAAGAACGACAAUUUAAGGAGCCAAUCAAUUUGUACCAGAAUUGUUUUAUUACUUUUAAUUUUGUUGAUGGUUUAA